GGAUGUACUUCAUCGACCAAUUUGACUUCACACCAAAGCAUGUCCCCGACCGCUCCAAUCGCGCAGCAGAUGCACUCUCGCGAAGACUUGAUCUUUGCGCUAUGACACAUCAUGCCUUCGCAUUCGACGAGGAGCUUCAGCGACACUUCAUCCGGGCAUAUCAGUCUGAUCCGGACUUCGGCACGCUCUAUGCACAACUAUCUUCGGAACACCCACCGGCCAGCCAUUACCGCAUUGCCGACGGGUACUUGCACACUGCAGUACCAGUUCCGUUGAUGGACGCCAAAGUUGAGGUUGUCGACCUUCACGUUUACAUCGCGAAGAUCGACCGCGAGUUCAAGACGCAACGGUACGACGACAUCGACGCACCAUUGCUAUACGUACGCAUUCAGAUCGGAGAGGCGACCUGCAGUGCCUUGAUCGAUUGUGGAGCAUCUCGCAACUACAUCAGCCAGGACUUCAUGGUACGAGCCGGCCUUGGCCCACGUGUCCGGAGGAAGUCCCAGCCUACGCAAGUCACCCUGGCAGACGGUCAUACGCACAAGUCCAUCGACCGGUGCAUUGACGUCGUCCCAGUGUACUUUGCCCCUCACGCAAGUGAGGCGGUGUCCUUUGACAUUCUGGACACCAAAUUUGACAUGAUCUUGGGCAUCUGCCACGUGGUAUCCGCCGCAAGCAUGCGAGGAGAUGGGGGUGUGUUUUCUCCACGCCCUUCCGCCCCAGACGCUUCAUCGACGGACUCACCUUCGGAUCCACGCAUCACCGAGCUUCUCGACGUUUACAGCGACGUGUUCGAAGGCCCGCACGGAGUAGUACCGGAUCGACCCAUCCGCCACGAGAUCAUCCUCGGGGUCGGGGCCGUACCUCCACGCGGUUGCAUCUACCGAAUGAGCGAGGAAGAGUUAAGUGUGCUGCGGGCACAACUCGACGACCUUCUGGAGAAAGGCUGGAUUCGGCCUAGCUCAUCGCCAUACGGUGCUCCUGUUCUCUUCGUCCGGAAGAAGAACAAGGACCUGCGGUUGUGCAUCGAUUAUCGCAAGCUCAAUGCGCAGACGAUCAGGAACGCCGACCCUCUCCCACGCAUCGACGACCUUCUCGAGCGAUUGGGCGGCGCCCAGUUCUUCUCUAAGCUGGAUCUCAAGUCAGGGUACCACCAACUCGAGAUUCGCAAGGAGUAUCGCUACAAGACCGCAUUCAAGACACGCUGGAGUCUGGACGAGCAUGUGGAACACCUGCGCACCGUUUUGGAGCGACUACGACAGGCCAAAUACAAACCAAACCGCGACAAGUGCGAGUUCGCACAGCAGGAGCUGGAGUACUUGGGACACUAUGUGACGUCGCAAGGCAUCCGUCCGCUUGCGGACAAGAUUGAGGCCCUACGAGUAUGGCCCGAGCCCACCAACACCACGGACGUUCGUUCAUUCAUGGGGUUGGCGGGCUACUAUCAACGAUUCAUCACCGGAUACUCCAGGAUUGCUGCACCUAUGACGAGGUUACAGUCGCCAAAGGUGCCAUUCGUAUUCGAUGACGACGCACGCCGGUCAUUCCAAGCACUUAAGACGGCUAUGCUCAUGGCACCCGUCCUUAGCAUCUAUGACCCCAGCCUGCCGACGCGAGUGACUACGGACGCUUCUGGCUAUGGCAUUGGGGCAAUCUUGGAACAACACGACGGCGACGACUGGCACCCUGUGGAGUAUUUCAGCCACAAAGUGCCUCCCAUCAACUCGCUUGAUGAUGUAAGGAAGAAGGAGUUGCUCGCAUUCGUGAUGGCUCUCAAACGAUGGCGGCACUUCGUCCUUGGGCGUCGUAGGUUCGCAUGGGUCACAGACAACAAUCUAUUGACCUACUACAAGACGCAGGACACGCAUGUGCGUGGAGGAGGCGGUGAGAGUGCAGUCCUUCGGUAUCCCAGUGGGGAAGCCGGUUAGCUCUGUUCUAGCUUGCCUCACUUGGGCACAAUGCGCGGAAAGCACCUUCCUCAAGUCUCUUGGUGAGGAUCAGCCACUAUGAUAAUAAUAAUAAUAAUAAUAAUAAUAAUAAUAAUAAUAAUAAUAAUGAUGAUGUUUCAUAUAUUAGCAAACUAAGAUUGACUAACCAAAAAAGAAAAAGAAAAAGAAAAUAAAAAGCUUGACUAACC